UCUCUACCACCCAAUACUCGUGUAAGAAUGGGUUUCUUACUAUCCAAUUAUCAACUCACAAUAUGUAUCCUGUGUUCCCUAAUUUUCCGCUUGUCUUCUUCUGCACAUCUUUGCCAUAAUGACGAGAGAACUGCUUUGCUCCAAUUUAAGCAAUCCGUUUCCUUCAAUUGCAAUGCUUGCGAUUGCGGGAUAAUUACUCCACCCACUGAUAAUUCUUCUCCACUCACUGAUAAUUGGAAAGAGGGUACAGAUUGUUGUGCAUGGGAUGGGAUCACAUGUGAUAACACCACUUCUCAUGUCAUUGGCCUCGACCUCUAUUGCAUGUGCCUAUAUGCUACCAUCCAUCCAAACAGCAGCCUCUUCAAUCUUGUUCACCUUCAAAAGCUCGACCUUUCUCGCAACAACUUCAAUCACUCUCAAAUUUUACCUUCAUUUGGCCGUUUCACAAAUUUAACCCAUCUUCACCUCAAUUACUCCUAUUUUUCUGGCCCAAUACAAUCAUCAGAAGAAGAAGUCUGGCAAGGGAAUAACUUCUCCAACAGCAUUUUCCACUUACAGAAAUUGCAGGAGCUGUCGUUAGCCGGUAACACAGAACUCACAGGUAAACUUCCAAGUUUUAUUAAUGGAACUCUCCGGCACCUUAGGUCGUUGGAUCUCUCUUUGACAGGUUUCACCGGAGAGCUACCGAAUUCCAUCGGCCAACUUGAGUUCUUGGAGGAGCUAUUCCUCAAUGACUGCAAUUUCUUUGGUACCAUUCCGACAUCGCUUGGAAACCUCAAGAAACUAAGAAUGUUAGAGCUUGGAGGGAAUAAAUUGAUCAAUGGUACGAUUCCGAUAUUGCUUACAAACCUCACGCAAUUAAUUUCGCUUGAUCUUUCAUACAACAAAUUUGAAGGCCCAAUUCCUCAACAUUUUUCCAACCUCUCGCAACUUCGUCGUAUAGAUUUCUCAAACAAUCAACUAACAGGUCCCAUUCCAUCAUCAAUAACUGGCCUUCCAAAUCUACACACUCUAAAUUUAGGCAGUAACUCAAUCAGUGGGACAAUACCUCCUUCCUUGUUUCAUCUUGUGAACCUUACCAUCCUUGAUCUUUCGUCAAAUAAGUUAAGCGACACCGUUGAGCUGGACACGUUUGCAAAGCUUGAAUAUUUGGAGUAUCUGUGUCUUUCAAAUAGUGGUCUAUCAUUGACCACCACCAACUCCUCUCCCUCCUCUUUCCGAAACAUUGGGACAUUACAAUUGUCGUCUUGCAAGAUGAAUAAAAUUCCUGAAUUUCUGAAAACCCAAAACCAAAUGUUGGCGGUGCUAGACCUUUCGAACAACCACCUAAAUGAAGAACUAAAUCCACUCUGCAAUCUUCAUUUUCUUCAAUAUCUCAAAUUGUCCAAUAACCAAUUUGGCGGAUUAAUCCCUACCUGUUUGGGGAACUUCAGUGGAUUAGUGGGGUUAAAUUUGCAGGGUAACAAUUUCAGUGGGACCAUCCCUCAAACUUUUGGAUACGCAAGCAUAUUGAAGGAACUUGACAUUAGCCACAAUGGAUUGCAAGGGGUGCUUCCAAGAUCAUUGGUGAAUUGCACGAACCUAGAAAUUUUGAAUGUGGGUCAUAAUUUCAUAGAAGAUGCUUUUCCAUUUUGGUUGGAGAACCUGGACUACUUGAAGAUUAUUGUCUUGCGAGAUAAUAAAUUCCAUGGUCCCAUAGAGCAACCAAGGAAGGGAUUAGUCUUUAGCAAUUUACAUAUCAUUGACAUGUCUCACAAUGAAUUUACAGGCACUUUGCCAUCAAAAUACUUUGAGAGCAUGUAUUCAAUGAUGAUGGAUGAUGAAGACAAAUCCUCCUUACAUUAUAUGGGCAAUGGUUAUGUUUAUUAUUCAGUAACCAUAAUGAAUAAAGGAUUGGCAAUGGAAUUCGUAAGGAUCAUCACCAUCUUAAAAGCUGUUGAUUUCUCGCACAACAAGUUUGAUGGAAAUAUUCCAAUAUCCAUUGGAAGACUUAAAGCCCUCUGUGUCCUAAAUUUUUCAAAAAAUAGCUUCACAGGUCCGAUUCCAUUGUCCUUGGUGAGUCUAACUGAGCUUGAGUCCUUGGAUCUAUCCCAAAAUAAGCUCUCUGGUGAGAUACCUCAACAACUAAAAAACUUGACAUUCCUGGAAGUUUUUAAUGUCUCGCAAAAUAAUCUAACUGGGAUGAUACCACGAGGCAAGCAAUUUGAAACAUUUUCAAACACUUCAUAUGGGGGAAAUGCAGGCUUGUGUGGUUUUCCAUUGUCAAAGAAAUGUAAGACUCCCAAGGUAGCAGAAUCACCAUCUUUACCAUCCUCUUCAAGCCACAAUUAUAAAAGCAGACUUGAUGGUUUUGGAUGGGAAGCAGUGUUGAUGGGAUAUGGAUGUGGAGCAAUAUUUGGCUUGGUGAUAGGAAGUUGCAUCAUUCAAAGGAAAGAAGAAUGGCUUGCGAGAAUUUUUAGAGUGAAAAUGCAUCAUCAGAAGAACAAAUCAAACAAGGUUAAGUACCAACAUGGAACAAGAUGACAUGUUCAGAACUAAAUGUUUGAAAUAAAGGAAAAGAUGUGGUGCUCCCACCCAACUAGGGGCAUAGAAGUAUGUGUGUUGGGAGUACAAUACUCUCAUUUUGCUGUGACUCUGUGUGUAAGCCAAAGGGUUGUGUUUGUGUGGACUUGAAUAACCGUUUUGUAUAACCAGGGUCAAGCCUUGGAAACUUGUAAACCCUUUGGGGUAUUUAUUUUUUUAUUUACUUGUUGUUGGAUUAAAGUAUUGUUGCAUGAA